CAAUUUCGACCACAUUAACAUUUGAUUGCCUCCAAACUGCUUAUAAAGACUUGAUCUUGCCACAUUUUGGCAUACUGAGGCUCGGCGUGUACUGCUUCUUCUAGUGCAACCUUUGUUGUUAAUACCGUUGGUUCAACAGCUUACAAUCACCACCAUCAUCAUGAAUCGAUUCAUCGUUUUGCUGGUUCUUUGCGCCAUUGCAGUGCAACAAAUCAGUGGCCACCCAGACGCGGCUGUCAAAGAGGGAGGGAGAGCGGUUCGCGGCCAUCCGCACUACUGUGGAGCGACUCUUCAAGAAAAAUACCGCGAGAUUUGCCACGCGUUCCGUGCAGCCUCCAACCAAGAGUUUCUGGAUUCAAAGGACGCCAACACAUUCUUGUUCGGACGUAGUAUCGGGAAGCGAAACCUUAACGAGGAAUGCUGCGGCGAGGGAUGCUCCGAUGAGGAAAUUUAUGAACUCUGUUAAAGGAGAAACCAAAGUGAACCCAGCUGACUUCUUGCCAUUGGCAUAUUCAGCCUUAGAACAAAUAAUGUUUUCCCUAUCAAACGGAGAUAGGAUUGGUGGCGGUUUUCUUCAUUGAAUAAUAAACAUAAAAUGGCAUUUGUUUCCUUUUUGACAUUUCGUGAACAUACAUGUACAGUACAGAGCUCCCAUUUUUAAUCUGUAUGUAUGUUUAUUCCCAUUUCUGGGGAGUCAAUUCUGCCCCCAAAGUGUCGGCUCUCUCAAAAGAAAUUUUUGGACCUUGAAAUGCAUAGCAAAAAAAUAUCUCAAGUUUUGAUCCAACCGAAUGGGUCCAUCUUUUCUCCUAGAAGACAAUUAAUGGAUGGUCUGCGCUCUGAUCACCCUUCAGGUUCCUCAGGGUUAAAAUGAAGUAUUGAAAGACAUAACAGCUUACCUUUCAAACUAAAACAACUUUCCUAUUCAGACAACUAUGUACUUUUGUUUGCACGCGAGAUACGCAGUUCUGUAUUUUGAUGGAAGUCUUCUGAUCAAGUAAUUAAAACAAACAGGAAUAAUUCCUGCCUGUAAUGUGCCUUUGGGUCAUCCGACGAAGGCAGUAGACUACCAAACCUUACCCAAAAACGUUUCCGUGCCAAUCCAUACUAAAAAUUAAUGAUAAUUUAUUGAAAUUAGCAAGACUAAUCGCGGAGGGCGUAUUUAAAGAUUACCACGCCCUUUUAGCUGUUCUUCCUUUUUGCUAUUUCAUCUUUUCCAUCAGCACAUCCGUGAUUUGAGUCUGCAUGAGAAAUUAAAGUUUACUUGCAAAACA